CCUCUGCCAUCGUACCGUUUCCCGAUGCAGCACCUUCCAUAACUAAAACGGCCCCGCCUUUUAUCAUCCUUCCCUCGGCCCUCUACUCUCUCUUCUCUUUCGUCACCGCAAUGUCCGCAACCGCCACACGUCUCCGUCGUCUCGCCGCUUCUACCGCUGCAUUGGCUGCCGUAGCCGGCGGCGGUGUAAUUCUCUUUUCCUCCUUAUCGGCCAACGAACGCGGCGGCGGGCCUGCUUUGGAGGCCUUGAGGCGGAGGAUCAACGACCCUACUGCCAUCGUUCCGUCGCGAGCAGUACAGGAAUCUGCUCUUGUCGGUGCCAGCUCGGCUAACCCCCUCGACAUCCUCGUUAUUGGGGGCGGCGCCACCGGCUGUGGUGUUGCUCUCGACGCUGCCGCUAGAGGCCUCCGUGUUGGCCUCGUUGAGCGAGAUGAUUUCGCAUCAGGCACAUCUUCGCGGUCCACUAAGCUAAUCCACGGAGGGGUUCGGUACUUGGAGAAAGCAGUUUUUAACCUUGACUAUGGUCAAUUGAAACUUGUGUUCCAUGCACUUGAGGAGCGCAAACAGGUUAUUGAUAAUGCACCACAUCUCUGCCAUGCUUUGCCGUGCAUGACACCCUGUUUUGACUGGUUUGAAGUAAUAUACUACUGGGUGGGCUUGAAAAUGUACGAUUUGGUCGCAGGAUCACAACUACUACAUUUUUCCAGAUAUUAUUCAGAGAAAGAAUCUAUUGAGCUUUUCCCCACUCUUGCUAGGAAGGGUAAAGAUAGAAGCUUAAAGGGCACCGUUGUGUACUAUGAUGGUCAGAUGAAUGACUCACGCCUUAAUGUUGGAUUAGCUUGUACAGCAGCACUGGCUGGUGCUGCAAUACUUAAUCAUGCAGAAGUCGUAUGCCUUCUUAAAGAUGAAGUUUCUGAGCAGAUAAUUGGUGCAAGAAUUCGAGACAAUCUAUCAGGGAAAGAGUUUGAUACAUAUGCAAAGGUUGUUGUCAAUGCGGCUGGGCCAUUCUGUGACUCUGUAAGGACAAUGGCUGAUAAAGAUGCACAACCGAUGAUAUGUCCUAGCAGUGGUGUACACAUAGUUCUCCCUGACUACUAUUCUCCAGAAGGAAUGGGCUUGAUUGUUCCUAAAACUAAGGAUGGGCGUGUUGUUUUCAUGCUCCCAUGGUUGGGAAGAACUGUAGCUGGCACUACAGAUUCUAACACUAUGAUCACUUCACUUCCAGAGCCACAUGAGGAUGAAAUUCAGUUUAUACUUGAUGCCAUUUCUGAUUACCUUAAUGUCAAGGUACGCCGUACAGAUGUUCUUUCUGCUUGGAGUGGUAUUCGUCCGUUGGCAGUGGAUCCUAAAGCAAAGAACACAGAGAGCAUCUCGAGAGAUCAUGUUGUAUGUGAGGAACAUCCUGGUUUGGUCACAAUCACUGGUGGAAAGUGGACUACCUAUCGAAGCAUGGCAGAAGAUGCAGUUGAUGCAGCCAUUAAGUCUGGUAAACUGACCCCAGGCGGUAGAUGUUCAACUCGCAACCUGCGGCUUAUUGGUGCAGAUGGAUGGGAACUUUCAUCUUUUACUGCUCUUGCUCAGCAGUAUGUACGUAUGAAGAAGUCAUACAAUGGUAAUAUUGUUCCUGGGGUAAUGGACACAGCUGUGGCGAAGCACUUAUCUCAUGCAUAUGGUACCUUGGCAGAACGGGUGGCCAUGAUAGCACAGAAUGAAAAUAUGGGGAAGAGACUUGCCCAUGGAUACCCUUUUCUAGAGGCUGAGGUUGCAUACUGUGCCCGCCAUGAGUACUGUGAAUCUGCUGUUGAUUUCAUUGCUAGGAGAUGUCGCCUUGCUUUCCUCGACACUGAUGCAGCAGGCCGUGCAUUGCCACAAGUUGUUGAAAUACUUGCUGCAGAGCACAAGUGGGACAAGUCAAGGACGAAGCAAGAGAUGCAGAAAGCUAAAGAAUUUUUGGAAACUUUCAAGUCUUCAAAGAAUGCGCAGUUUCAUGAUGGAAAGCACCAAUAGUAAGUACUAUUUUGAUUAAAGUUACCCUAAACAUUCAUAAGUUCAGUAUAACAAGGUUUUUGUCUCUUCCUGUAUUUAGGGCCGUAAAUUGAACAAGCUGGGUUUUAGGAGCUCAUCAGUCAAGACCUUGAAAUUUUUUGCCAGAAUUUUUUUGAUGAAAGGAGCUAAACUUCUUAUUCCAUUUAGAUAGUGGCACGUUAUGCCUUAUCCUUUGUGUUUACAACUCAAACAAUUAAGGAAAAUUCUUUGGUUGAGCCUGUUUUACACAGUUAAUAAAUGCAGCUUUAAGAAGAAUAGUUGCUUCAGAACACACUCCAACCUCUUAUCAGGGAUGCCAAUUCGUUCAAGCCAUGAGAUGGAUGUAAUCAUUUUCUAGACAUUGUAUAACCUUACAUUUAGUUUACAUUUUUUUGUUGAAGUUUUUUAUGUUAUUAUUUAGGGAUUUAUAUUUUAUAAAACAAACUAUAUAUU